AUGGGCAUUGCCAGAUUCCGAUCUGCCUUUCGGCGGUCAGCAUCGGCGGAGUCUGAUAUUCCCGUCGAUGUGACCACCGAUGGCGAACGCAAGAGCGAAUUGCCCUCAGCGGUUGUCGCUCCAGCUGACGAGGAAAACCCCGAUUUGCCCACCGAAGAUUCCCAGCAAGGUGUCAAAGCUGUUGAGGCGGUGACUUUGAGUUGGACGAAGGGCAUGCUAAUUGCAGUCUUUGCAAACAUCUGGUUCUUGUAUUUUGUCAACGCUAUGCAGUCUUCGAUCAACUACAGUUUGCUCGGCUAUGUCACUAGUGACUUCGAGAGCCACUCCCUACUAAAUGUCAUUUACAUUGUCGCAGACGCCAUGACAGCUGCAGUAUACAUCCCCACUGCCAAAGUCAUGGACGUUUUUGGCCGUGCUGAAGGUUAUUUGAUGAUGGCCUCGUUCGCCACUCUCGGUCUGGUCUUGAUGGCUGUGUGCCACAACCUUCCCACCUUUUGCGCUGCCUACGUCUUCUACAGCAUUGGAUUUGGAGGUAUGACAUACUGCGUGGAUGUCAUCACCGCCGAUAUCUCUAAGCUCAAGAAUCGAGCUUUGGCGUACGCUUUCACCUCCUCCCCGUAUAUCAUCACGGCGUUCGCUGGCCCCAAGGCUGCCGAGGGCUUCUACGAGGAUAUCAGCUGGCGCUGGGCUUUCGGUGCAUUCUCCAUCAUUUUCCCCAUUGUUGCCUCUCCUCUUUUCUUCAUCUUGAAAGCCAAUCUCAAGAAGGCCGAGAAGAAUGGACUUCUCGUGAAAGAGCCUAGCGGCCGGACCCUUUUCCAAAGCCUUUGGCACUAUAUCAAGGAGUUUGAUUUGCUCGGUGUCAUCGUAUUUUCCGUUGGCCUUACAGUCUUCCUCCUUCCCUUUAGUAUUGCUUCGUUCGCCCCCAAUGGCUGGGCAUCAGACUAUAUCAUUGCUAUGAUCGUGGUCGGAUUCGUUAUGCUUGGAAUAUUCAUUGCUUGGGAACUUCUUCUUGCUCCCACCCCAAUGUUUAACUUCAGUCUACUGACUGAUCGAACUAUCAUCGGCGCGUGUUUGCUUGACGCAACAUACCAGCUCUCCUACUACUGCUGGAACAACUACUACACCUCCUUUUUGCAGGUAGUAAACGAUCUUACCAUUGCCGAGGCUGGAUACGUUAGCAAUACCUUCGAUGUUGUUUCCGGCAUUCUUCUCCUCGGAACAGGUUUCGUUAUCCGCAAGACCGGACGCUUCAAGUGGACUCUCUACAUUGCGGUUCCCCUGUAUAUCUUUGCUCAGGGAUUGAUGAUCUACUUCCGCCGUCCCAAUCAAUCUGUCGGUUAUCUUGUCAUGUGCCAGAUUUUCAUCUCUAUUGGUGGAUCCGUCUUCAUUCUUGUUGAGCAGCUUGCUAUCCUUGCUGCUGCUGACCACCAGCACGUCGCCACUGUCCUUGCUCUGUUGAACGUUGUGGGAACUGUCGGUAACGCUGCCGGUUCUACCAUUUGCGCCGCCAUCUGGACCAACACAUUCCGCAAAUCCCUUCUACGCUAUCUUCCCGAGUCUGCCAUAGGAGAUGUCGAUUUGAUCUAUGAGGAUCUUGCUCAGCAGGUAUCAUAUCCCAUCCACUCUCCCGAGCGUCUGGGAAUUCAGCAAGCAUAUGCCUACUCCCAGACGAGAAUGCUUGCUGUUGGAACGGGUCUCAUGGGUCUCUGCAUUAUCUGGACCAUCAUGAUCCGCGACAUUGAUCUGAAGAAGGUUGCCCAGGUCAAGGGUACCGUCUUCUAA